AUGGCAGCUGUUGCAAAGUCGUCUAAGACCACCCUAUUGAAUACACAUGACAGUGGUAUUAGGCCGUAUUUUGAGCAAAAAAUUCAGGAAGCUGAAUUGAAGAUACGUUCCAAGACUGAUAAUCUACGUCGUCUAGAAGCUCAGAGAAACACACUUAAUGACAAGGUGCGGUUUAUUAAAGAUGAAUUGCGUCUUUUACAAGAGCCAGGCUCGUACGUUGGGGAAGUUGUUAAAGUUGUGUCCGAUAAGAAAGUACUAGUUAAGGUGCAACCAGAGGGCAAAUACAUUGUUGAUAUCUCCAAGGAUAUCAAUAUCAAGGAAUUGAAACCUUCUCAGAGAGUGUGUUUGAAGAGUGACUCCUAUAUGUUGCAUAAAGUUCUGGAAAAUAAGGCCGAUCCGUUAGUGUCGCUGAUGAUGGUGGAAAAGGUUCCAGAUUCUACCUACGACAUGUUAGGUGGGCUCACGAAACAGAUCAAGGAGAUAAAAGAGGUUAUCGAAUUACCGGUGAAACACCCGGAACUUUUCGAGAGUCUUGGGAUUACACAACCCAAGGGUGUCAUCCUCUAUGGUCCUCCCGGGACCGGUAAGACAUUGCUGGCCAGAGCCGUAGCACACCACACAGAUUGUAAGUUCAUCAGGGUGAGCGGUGCCGAACUAGUGCAGAAAUACAUCGGUGAAGGUUCCCGUAUGGUGCGUGAACUGUUCGUGAUGGCUAGAGAACACGCACCCUCAAUCAUAUUCAUGGAUGAGAUUGAUUCUAUUGGUUCCAGCCGUGUAGAAGGUUCCGGGGGAGGUGACUCCGAAGUCCAAAGAACCAUGCUGGAGUUGCUGAACCAACUGGAUGGUUUUGAGACCUCUAAAAAUAUUAAGAUCAUCAUGGCUACAAACAGACUCGAUAUACUGGACCCUGCGCUGCUCAGGCCGGGGAGAAUCGACAGAAAGAUCGAAUUUCCUCCACCAACGGUUGCAGCAAGAACCCAAAUCCUCCGCAUUCAUUCCAGAAAGAUGAAUCUCACUCGUGGUAUAAACCUGCGCAAGAUCGCCGAGAAGAUGAAUGGCUGUUCAGGUGCAGACGUGAAAGGUGUCUGUACAGAAGCGGGCAUGUAUGCACUACGGGAGCGCAGAAUUCAUGUUACCCAAGAAGACCUUGAGCUGGCUGUUGGUAAGGUCAUGAACAAGAACCAGGAAACAGCUAUUUCAGUUGCCAAACUGUUCAAAUAG